GCCGAGAGGUCAGUGGGAGCCGUUGAGACAACGUGAUAGGUAGAGUGGCCAGCACCGGAACAAUAUCGAGGAAUGGCUUGGAGAGGAGUCAGGAUGGAUGGAUGGGUCCAUCAUACCGCAUGCGGAUAGAAAGAACGGGGCAACGUCGGAGGGAGCGAGGAGCAUCCCGCUACCGUAUCCGACCGAUUUUGAUCGGCAUUCAGGAAGAACAAUGUUGAAACAUAAGAUGCGUUAGUUAACCCACGCAAUCCGACCAAAUCUGUUUUCAAUCAUGGCCUCAGACAACUGUCUGUUUGUGUGGUCUGAUCAGUGUGUCAUCGUGUGUCCUCUGUCUCUCACAGUCACCCCCGAGGCCAUCGGCUUCCUGUCUGCCGUCGGGGUGUUCGUAGUGGUCCUGGCCGUCCUCUUCCUCUUCAUCAAUAAGAAGUUGUGCUUCUCACGCGUCGGAGGGCUGCCCUGCCUGGAGCAGCACGGCCGCAAGAAGGGCUCUCGUAGCCGGCCUGGGAUCCGCCAGGGGCUGGUGAACAGCUACGGGGAUGACGAGGAUGACUCCAGCUCGUCUGACAGUGAGGAGGAGAUAGUGAAGCAGUUUGAGAUCUCAGUGUCGCGAUCCCAGAGCUUCCGCUGCACGGCCACCUCUGAGGCGCUAUCCCAGCCUGCACCGUGCCAGAGGCCCUUCACACGCCUGCUGUCGGACCAGGAAGAGGGCAGCACAGAGCCCUCCGACUUUGAAGACAUGGAUGCCCAGAGCAGGCUAAGUUACCAGGACCCCCUGGACGCCCAGGGUCCCAGAGACCAGGACCCCCUGGACGCCCAGGGUCCCAGAGACCAGGACCCCCUGGACGCCCAGGGUCCCAGAGACCAGGACCCCCUGGACGCCCAGGGUCCCAGAGACCAGGACCCCCUGGACGCCCAGGGUCCCAGAGACCAGGACCCCCUGGACGCCCAGGGUCCCAGAGACCAGGACCCCCUGGACGCCCAGGGUCCCAGAGACCAGGACCCCCUGGACGCCCAGGGUCUCAUAGACCCACUGUCUCAGCAGAGGCCUGGCUCCGUGCGCUCCCAGGAGGCUCUGGAUGGCCCCCGGGGGGAAGGCUCGGUGGGCAGGGGGGUCACAGAGGCCAGCCCGGCCCCCGGCAUGAGCCGACGGGCCACGGAGGGAAGCCUGGAGAUGGAGACGGCCGUAGACGACCAGGACAAUGAGGACAACAACGACGCCACAGACAGCUCCUCCACAUGGAGCCCUGAGCAGGAGCAUCCCCUGGGGGAUGGGUUCUCCUCCGCCCCCGCCGCCCGCUCCCGCCCCCCAAUCCCCAAAUGCGGGGAUCUCAUCAUCGCCCUGGAGCACAAGGCAGACGUGGAGAAGCUGUUGGUGACCGUGGUGGUGGCCAGGGACAUCCCCGACAAGGAGCGCAGCGGGAUGGACUCCUGGCAGGUGCACGUGGUCCUCCUCCCGGCCAAGAAACAGCGGCAUAAAACCUCCGUCCAGAAGGGGGCGCUGCCCCACUUCAACGAAACCUUCCGCUUCUCCCGCGUGGAGCAGGCGGACCUGGCGGUGUCGGCCCUGAGGUUCCGGCUCUACGCCCUGGGGGGGCGGAUGUCCCGGGAGAAGAUGAUGGGGGAGAGGGUGCUUCGUCUCACGGGUUUGAAUCCUGAAGGGGGCGUGACCGAGACCACCCUGGUGCUGGAGCCUCGCAGCAACAUGAAGAGUGUGGACUCUCAGCUGAGCCUGUCUGGGGUGUCCCAGAGCGACAGCGCCUCCUCCACUCAGUCUCUGACUCACGGAGGGGUCCCAGAGCUGCUGGUGGGGCUGACCUACAACGCCACCACAGGACGCAUGUCUGUGGAGCUCAUCAAGGGCAGCCACUUCCGCAACCUGGCCAUCAACAGGCCACCCGACACGUAUGGGAAGCUGACCCUGCUGAACUCGGUGGGCCAGGAGAUCUCUCGCUGCAAGACGUCGGUGCGGCGCGGCCAGCCCAACCCCGUCUACAAGGAGACCUUCGUCUUCCAGGUGGCUCUGUUCCAGCUGUCCGACGUCACCCUCAUGGUGUCCAUCUACAACCGGCGCAGCAUGAAGCGCAAGGAGAUGGUGGGCUGGAUCGCCCUGGGCCAGAACAGCAGCGGGGAGGAGGAGCAGCUGCACUGGCAGGACAUGAAGGAGGGUCGCGGCCAGCAGGUCUGCCGCUGGCACGUGCUUCUGGAGGCCUGACGACCAGGGACGGGUCAGGAGAGGUGGACAGGGAGGAAUGUAGUCACCACAACCCUGUUGGUUUGCUCUCACACCUGUCUCUGGUUGCUACAGGGCUCCAUCCUCUCAUUCGGCUGCCCCAGACGCUGGUUUACAUUAUCUGUGAGUGAAGUCAGAAAUCAGGGGCAAAAAAGAAAUCAUGCGGUCAUGAUGAUGCAGUUUUGACAGAUCUUUACGUUUAUCCUGUGAAAUGAAUUAUGAAAAAUGAUCACAGUGGACUAGUUUCAUCUACGUUUCACUGUCAAAUAUCUAGUUGUGAGCAGUGGGAUUGUAGUGUGCACCGACUACAGUUUGAAGAUGUCAAAGAUUGUUUGGGCAAAAGUACUGUUAUGUAAACAUUUUAAUGAAGGUUUUAUAGAUUUCGGAAUCAAAGACUCGUUCACCUUCCCCACAUUCAGUCACUCCUUAGGGUUCUCAUGUUUUCGGUGGGUUAGAUGCGUAAAAUACUGGUCUGCUACCUCCCUCUUCUCUAUCCUCUGCUUCCCUCCUCCUCCUCCUCUGUCUCACCAGAAGGACUUGCUGCUCAGCAGACCUUGCCCUUAACAUCUGCCCUCCCUGACAGUCUGUGUAUCAGAGAAGGAAUGAUGAAGCAGCAGGCCCUUUCUUAGCGUCUAAGCAGUGUGUUCUCUGGGCAAAGCUUAUUUAAACACCCAUCAAUGCUGAGCUGAAAAGAAGCUUUAAAUAUCCCAGUGCAGCUGUUAAUAACAUGCGAUGAAUUACCCUGGGAGUGUGUGAUUUUUGGGUGGUAAUUGGUGCUUACGGUCCUUGGACUCCACAGCCUGAUGACGAUGCUAAUGCUUCUGCUCUUGGCCCAGCUUCUCGGGGCUUCAUUGAAUCAUAUGGCAGUCGCUGCACUGAGUGAUUACAUUUGUUUAUGUAGCUAGUCAACCUCCAACCCCCCUAGGGUUAUCGUCACAGUUUAACACGGAGGAGGAUGCUGAAGGGUUCUGUACUGGAACAGCAGAGGGAGGCAAGAUCAGCAGCCCCUUUUUUAAGGACUUGAAUCUGCAACCUUUAGAAUUGCUUGGCUAAAGUAGGUCAAUCGAAUGACUCAAUUUACUUUGAAAUGACCCCCGUAUAGAACCACAUGUGACCUAUUACCAAGUUCAUUUCCACCGAUUAAUCCACCUCAAAGUGAUUGGCAGUGAUUGCUUUGACAAAUACUUAAUUUAUCUUUGAUACUGCUGAAACCUUCUUUGAAAAGAGGGGGGGGAAAAUUGCCUGUCAAUGUUUACAUUCCUAUCCAAGAUUAAAACCACUUCAUUCAUCUUCAAGUGAGAACAACAUGCCACAAUUUUUUGAGUGUGCAGAGAUUUACUAUGCCCGUAAUGUACAUCGGAGUGAGACCAUUGUAUGUAACAGAUGGCAUGUUUUUACAGGAAGAGCCUAUGUUGUUUUAAUGACUUGAUAGUUAAUAGUUAUUCCCCAUAUCCACAAGUUAAAUUUAUAUAUUUGAUUGUUAUGUACUAUAUUUAAUACACAUAUUUACAUUUAUUUAUGCAUGUCGAGAGUUGCUGUACAUAAUCCUUAUAUAUUUUUGAAAAGCUCAGUGUACAUGUAAUAAACCAGUGUGUUUUACUGCAUGCUUAUCUAAAACUACCAGUCUGAGAGUCUGAUGAAGUUAAGUGCCUGUAAUGUAAGGAUGAGGCUUAUCCAUUUAUGGAGGGAAAUCUAGCAUGUGAUGCUUAUACUUUGGUGUUCCUCUGAAUGCAGUUGUAGGAUUGCAAUUGCAUGCAUAAACAUUUGAUUUUUUAAUGUCUACAUGGUGUUUGGAAAACGCAUGUUAAAAAAAGGGCACAGAUCACUUUUGCACACAGGUUUGUUCUUGACAAUAAAAGGAUCCCUGUUACAUUA